AUGAGCCAACAGCCCCGUCGCAGUAGUCUCGGUAUGCUUCUCAGACGCUCCAAGUCCGGCGACCUGGGGAAGGGCGGUAAGAAGGCCCAAGCCCUCAGGGAGCAGCAGGAACGCGAACUCGAACGCCAGCGUCAAGCUGCCAUCUCCAAAAUCCCACCCAAGCUGCCCGAGUUCUACAAGGGCAAUGACCAGCUCUCCAACUCCAUCCCCUCAGACCUUCGUGCCGACGAAGCCUCGAUCAUGUCUGACCAUACUAUUGGCACCGCCUAUUCCACUCGUCCUUCGAUGGAUCCCGGCUUCAGCGCGGGAGGGUAUAUUCCUCCCGUACCACCUGUGCCCACGAGCAACCCCGCCUACGAUCCUUACGCUCGUACCGAGAGUAUGACGCACCGCGGUCGCUACAGUUACGCCAGCAGCGCCGUCAGCACUGUCAACAGCCCUAGGAGGGUUCGGAGAAGAAAGGAUCCCACACCCUUCAACAUUCUCGUCAUUGGCACUCGCGGCGCUGGCAAGACUUCAUUCCUUGAGUUCCUGAAGACUGCUCUGGCGCUGCCGCCCAAGAAACGAUCCCGUCGAACCGAGACCGAGGAAGACUCGACUCCCAGGGCUGCCGCUUCGGGCAAUUACAUCCCCCACUACCUUGAGAGUGAAAUCGACGGCGAACGUGUUGGCCUGACAAUCUGGGACUCGGAAGGUCUCGAAAAGAAUGUGGUUGACCUUCAGCUUAGAGAGAUGUCAGCAUUCCUGGAGAGCAAGUUCGAAGAGACUUUUACCGAGGAGAUGAAGGUCAUUCGAUCGCCUGGUGUACAGGAUACCCACAUUCAUGCUGUCUUCAUGGUUCUCGACCCAGCUCGUCUGGACCGCAAUCUUGCUGCUGUGAAGACUGUGCCAAAUGGCCACAACGGCAAGUACGCACCGCCGGCGAACAUUACCGGUGGCCUGGAUGAGGACCUUGACCUCCAAGUCCUCCGCACCCUCCAGGGCAAGACGACUGUCAUUCCCGUCAUUUCCAAGGCCGAUACCAUCACUACCAAGCACAUGAAUGUCCUCAAGAAGACGGUCUGGGACACGAUCAAGAAGGCUGGAAUGGAUCCCCUCGAACCCCUCGGCCUGGAUGAGGAUGACGACUCUACUAAGAUUGACGAGGAAGACGAGGGCGAGGAUGGCUACGAGCACAGCAACAACGGCGACGAGGACCUUCCGAUCCAGGGCGGUGACGGCGAGGCGCCGUCUUCUCCCUCAUCAAAACGACUGUCGGGAUCGUCUAUCCGCCAGCACAAGGCGAAGCAAGAUUCGAAGGAGGACGAGAUUCCUUUUCUCCCUCUUUCCAUCAUCAGCCCCGACUUAUACGAGCCCGAGGUUAUGGGGCGUCAAUUCCCCUGGGGCUUUGCGGACCCCUACAAUGAGGAGCACUGCGACUUUACGAGACUCAAGGAUGCCGUCUUCAGUGAAUGGAGAGCCGAGCUCCGUGAGGCCAGCAGGGAGCAAUGGUACGAGGGUUGGCGUACAUCUCGACUCAAGAACAGCCCCAACUCUCGUCGACGAUAG